AUGGACGACAAGGUUGACACCAAGAUUGCUCCUGGUGAUUACGAGAUGAGUGACAAACAUGGCUGCGGCACUGUAGACACACUCAGUUCAGAGGAUGAAAAGAAGUUGGUUCGCAAGAUCGACUUGCGACUCAUGCCUCUUCUGAUUGUCAGCUACGGCCUUCAAUAUCUCGACAAGACCAGUCUGGCAUACAGCGCAAUCUUGGGACUACCAGAAGAGCUGCACCUCAAGGGUCAGCAGUUCAGCUGGGCUUCCAGUAUCUUUUACAUCGGAUAUCUUGUGGCUUCUUACCCCAUCUCUCUCGGCUUCGUCAAGUUUCCCCUUGGCAAGUAUCUCAGCAUCUUGAUGCUCAUUUGGGGCGUUGUUCUCACACUGCACGCUGUUGCGUCAAAUUACGCAAGCCUGAUGGUUCUUCGACUGUUUCUCGGUGUUUUUGAAAGCGCCAUUAGCCCGGGAUUCUCUCUCAUCACGGGAAUGUGGUAUACGCCUCACGAACACGUCUCUCGCCACUCUUUCUGGUUUGCUGGAAAUGCCUCGGCGAGUAUUAUUGGUGCCAUGAUUGCGUAUGGCAUUCUCGGCUAUGAAGGACAUUUUGCGCAGUGGAAGAUGCUCUUCCUCAUCUUUGGUCUCAUCACAAUCGCGUGGUCCAUCUUCCUUUACUUCUUCCUCCCAGACUCUCCCUCUAGUGCCACGUUCUUGACGCCCUCCGAGCGCGAGUUCGCAUCCCUCCGUCCCAAGAAGUUCCAGAGAACGACACAGACCAAGAAGUGGGACCGCGAUCAAUUCACCGAGACCAUGAAGGAUGUCAAGGCCUGGUGGUUCUUUUUCUUUUCCUUCGUUAUCUGCGUGCCCAACGGAGGAACAACUAGCUUCAGCACCAUUGUCAUCAAGAGCUUCGGCUACGAUGAGUACCAGACCAUCCUCAUGGGUCUCCCUGCUUCCGCCUUCUAG